AUGGAUGCACAAGACUCUUUGCAUGUGCCUAUUCCGAAUCAUGGUCCAGUGCAGCAGACAUGGCAGCCUCCACCAGAAACGUUUUUCAAGCUGAACUUCGACGGUGCUUGUUUUGAUGAGGGCGCUGCAUCAGGUUAUGGGGCGGUGAUUAGGAAUGAAAAGGGUGAAGUCAUGGCUGCUUUAGCAGCACGAGGAGGAGCUGUGCGUGACAGUGAGGAGGUGGAAGUGAUGGCAUGCCGUAAAGCGCUUGAGUUUGCCAUUGAUGCGGGUUUUACAGAGAUAGUACUCGAAGGCAAUAAUGCUUUGGUGAUGAAGAUGAUUUCUCAGGCCCAACCAGACCUAUCACGACUUGGCUUAAUCUACGAAGACAUCUGGUGUUUGGCUGCAGGUUUCAGGUCCAUCUCUUAUAAUUGUAUUAGGCGUAGUGCUAAUGGUGUUGCUCAUUCUUUGGCUAGGUUUGCUAGAUUACUUGACAAUGAAAUUGUUUGGUUGGAGGAGGAUCCUCCACCUGCUGUGGACGCGUUGUAUUUGGAUUCUUCUUUUCUAAAUUAA